CGUCGGGAGCUUGAAUCGUUUCAGUGAAGUACUGCCCGAGUGAAACGGGGAAAUAAACGCGUGAAAGAGGAAGUACGAUACUGAAAAUUCAAGACAGAGAUAGAGAGAAGAGAAGCACGAUACUGAAAAUUCAAGAGAGAGAGAGAGGGAGAGGGAGAGGGAGAGGGUGAGGGAGGAGAGAGAGUCGAGUUUUUGUUAACAGAGAGGGGAGUGAUUGGAGUUGAGGAAUGGAGGGAGGGGGCAAAUUUGUGGUGACAUUCGAUGUGGAUGGGACGCUUAUACAGAGCUCAGGCCCUGCAUCGAACAAACUCCAUCGCCGUGCCUUCUCUCAUGCCUUCCUCCAAGUUUGUGGCGUUGAUGGAACCAUUGACGCCAUCCAGCAUCAUGGACAAACAGAUCCUUCUGUGAUAGUUAACACUCUCAUGCACUAUGGCGUUUCUUCUGAAGUUGCCAAUGAAAAGUUGCCUGAAAUAAAGCUGAGCAUGAUUGAAUUCACUAAAGAACAUGCCAAUGAAAUUGGGGAAGGAUUGCUGGUUCUUCCUGGAGUAGCUUCAUUGCUACAGGCUUUGUCAUCAAAGGAUAAUGUGCUCAUUGGCUUGGUUACAGGUAACUUGGAAGAAAUAGCAUGGCUGAAGAUGGAAGGGCUAGGAAUCAGGAAAUAUUUUACGGUCCCCAAUUUUGGAGGAUUUGGAAGUGAUCAUUUUGAUCGAGGGCAGCUUGUAAAAAUCGCUGCAGACCGAGCUGAGAAGAUGUUCCCUGGGGAAAUUGGCGUACGCGUGCAUGUCGGGGACACCCCAAAUGAUAUUAAGGCAGCUGAGUUUGGAGGAGCUUUGCCUAUUGGUGUGGGCACCGGCAUCUUCACCAGGGAGGAGCUGGAACAGGCGAGCACUAGCGGCAAGGCUGCCAUUCUGGAUGAUCUUGCUGAUAUUAGUGCUUUCAUGAAAUUACUGGGCAUUUGAAGCUAGAAAUAUCUCACUGGUAGCACUGUCAGCACAGAUCAUUCUACUAUAAGUUAAAUCUCUUAGAUUCUUUUUUAAGAAUAUUGGUGGUUGAGAUCUUCUCAAUCAUUUGGUAUUGAAAGCUAGAUUUAUUUUUUCUCAAUAUUUAUUUUGAGAAAUUAUCUUAUCAAUAUAACCA